AGAAUAGAAGAAGAAAGAAUUAGACAACCAGGAAGAAGAAGACAGAAGGAAAAGUAGACAGACAGAGGAAGAGGAGGAAGAAGAAGCAGAAGAAGGGAAUAUGGUGUGUUUACGUUUUGGUCUCUGACAGCAGCCACCACCGCCCCCUCUGACAACCUCCGGCCGCCUCUCUCGGGCUGCUCUGUGUGUGUGUGUCUCUCUCUCUGACCAGCCAGCCCAGCCGCCUUAGCCAUCUCCUACCUUAACUCUCUCUCUCUCUCUCCCCGCCUUGUAUGGUCCAUCCCCUACUCCUUGUUUUUCUCAUGUUCAUUAUUUUUGCUAUUACUCCACUACUCGAGUUUCCAAAUCUCGUCUCCACCUUUCCCUGGAUUAAUUAUUCAUCGUUCCAUGCCGGUUGAUAAAAUAUUUGCAAGUACCGGCGAAUCCAGCAUCCUUUUGCCGGACUUGUUCUCUCUAGCUUGUUGAUCUUAGUCUAUUGUUUGUGACUUUUUAUGUAUAGAGAGUAUUGAACCAGAACACACCCUUAAAGUCUUUGAAUCAAAUAUUGUUUUUGUGUGUGUGUGAUUUUUUUUUUGGUUUUUUUGGUUGGGAAUUGUUUUUAAUUAAGAAGUUGUUCUUCUUAUCUAAAUUACUUCUUUCCAAUUUCCUAUCUCUUGCUUUGAGAGAAGAGAAGAGACCCUUAUCCCUUAAAAGAUUUGAGUUGAGAUCCCUCUAUCUUAUGAAUAUGGAAAGCGUGGUGAGUCUUUUGUUUUAUUGUAUUUGCCCUAUUUAUUCCUGCAAUUAAUUUGUGUUUUAAUUUGUGAUCUCACUAGAUAUAAGAUUUCCUAGGGCUUGCUUCAGAUUUCAUCCUAAAUCCAGCUAGUUUCAGGUCAUCACCCUCCCAGGUUUGAUGUGCUCAAUUCUUUUCCAGAAACCCGAACCCAUUAGUCUGGCUCACGGAUUAAACCUAUUUUUCCCGUUCAGAGCCCUCGGUAAUAAAUACUAGCUGGUCUUACAUGUGACUUUGCUACAUCCGGUGGUUGUUGCCCAAAUCGAGAAUUUGUAGUUAUAGAGGAGAGAUGGAUCAGUUCAGGAAAGAGGGUGGUAAUAAUACUCUUCGAGCGGGAUCACCAUCUGAAAGGAGGAUGCAGCAGCAUCAACAAAACCAUCCUGGGGCCCGGCCAAACGCCCCGACUCACCCUCCGCCACCGCCUCAGCAGGGGCACAAGUGCCCUCGGUGUGACUCGACCAACACCAAGUUCUGCUACUACAACAAUUACAGCCUCACACAGCCCCGGUACUUCUGCAAGGCCUGCCGCCGGUACUGGACCCAGGGCGGCACCCUCCGCAACGUCCCCGUCGGUGGAGGCUGCAGGAAGGGCUCUAAGCGUGCCAAGGCAUCCACUGCCGCCACAACUUCUGCAGCUGCCUCCUCACGCGCUCAGCCACCACCAGGUACGGUCGCUCCACCGAUCAUGAGUAGUAAUACCUCAUAUUACCCAAGCGGUGGUGGUGGCUUUUUGUCCUCCCUGGCAGCAAUUCAGUCGUCCAUUGGCCAGUCACCGCUUGAUCUUGGUGGCAGUGGCUCCUCCGGUAUGAAUAUCGGGUUCUUGCAAGGAUUAGGGAUCCUCCCUCCUUUAAGCUCACAAGCUCACUUGUUUAGAGCGCCUCCACCUCCUCCAGGCUUUUCAAAUAAUGAGUGGGUCAAUACUCAAGGGUUUAUGAGCAAUCUUGGUUCUAAUAAUGACAACCCCAGCGGUAACAUUGCUGGCUCGGCUGAUUCCACCAGCUUUUGGAGUCCUAACAGAACAAGCGGCGGUGCCACCAACUCCGCCGCCACCGGUGACAGAGACAGUGCCGGAGAAGGGACUUCAAUGAAUCCGAACCAGUGGCUGGGUCUCCCAGGGUACGGUCCACCUCAGUGAGAUCAUUAAGAUAUGUCAUGCCCACCUGGGAUCGGAGAAGUAAGUUUUAUUUCUCUUUGGAGCAGGUCACGUAUUGGGUUAGCACAUUGACCAGGGUUGCAUCAGAUUCAAUGUGCUAACCUGAUACAGCUGAUCCAUGAGAUACUUUUUCGACUUUCGGCUCGUGAUUCAAUGACAGUUAUAGUUGGAGGAAAAUUCUUUAUGUUAUAAUAGGGAGGGGAGUUUGGUUGAAUCAAAAAGGUUGAAGACGCAUUGUCAACAUGAAUAGUUAGCUAGCUAGUUAGUCUUUGAAUUAAGUUCAACAGGAAAUUUGACAUGGGAUAAUCUCUUUAAUUUCUCUCCCCUUUUCUGGUUAUCUUUUGUGUUCAUGGAUGUUUUCAUAGAGGAACAUACAAUGUUAUUAUAGGACACUAUUGAAUUAUUGGUUGCCCUUUAUUGUAUUGUAGAGAGAGGAUUUAUGGGUAAAGGGGUUUGUAGCUUGGGUAGUUUCGAAAUUUUGAAGGUACAAUAAUAGUACCAUAUCAGUUUUUCUUUUAAUAAUAUUUAACUUUCAAAAA